AAUGUAUAUGUCGUUAUAACUUUAUAAGCGACUGACACGUUUACGCGUUUAGUUGUGGGCAUUGUAAUAAUUUUAGAAAAAUAUACUGAUUAGAUUACUAAUUACUUUCUAUCAUUUUAUAAAUUUUAUUUGUAAGCAUGGUUGUAAACGGCACAAAACGAUUGUUAAAAUAUGUUUCUGAACAAACUAUUGUAUCAAGAAGAAAAUAUGGAACAGCAAAAAGAGUUGUGGCAUCAAAGCCUGUGGUGGAAAUGGAUGGAGAUGAGAUGACCCGUAUAAUUUGGGAGAAGAUUAAAGAGAAACUCAUAUUUCCCUAUGUUAAGCUGGACUGCCUGUACUACGAUCUUGGUCUACCUCACCGAGACGCCACGAAUGAUCAGGUUACCAUAGACGCCGCCCACGCGAUCCUUAAACACAAUGUGGGCAUCAAAUGCGCUACCAUCACACCCGACGAGCAGAGGGUUGAAGAGUUUAAAUUAAAGAAGAUGUGGCUGAGUCCAAACGGGACGAUUCGUAAUAUUUUGGGGGGCACCGUGUUCAGGGAGCCCAUUCUAUGCAAGAGUAUACCGAGAGUUGUUCCUGGAUGGACGAAUGCUAUUGUCAUUGGCCGUCAUGCUCACGGAGACCAGUACAAGGCGCAAGACUUUGUUAUAGCAAAACCUGGAAAGGUUGAGAUGGUGUACACAGCAGCAGAUGGUUCUGUAGAGAAGAGACUGCUGUAUGACUUCAAAUCACCAGGUGUAGUUCAAGGAAUGUACAAUACCGAUGAAUCCAUACAGGCUUUCGCACACUCAAGUUUCCAGGUCGCUUUACAAAAGAAAUGGCCUUUGUAUCUCUCAACCAAGAACACCAUAUUGAAGUUCUACGACGGUCGCUUCAAGGAUAUUUUCCAGGAAAUUUACGAACGUGAUUACAAGAAGCAAUUUGAAGAUGCCAAAAUCUGGUACGAACACCGUCUGAUCGACGACAUGGUUGCUCAGGCUAUUAAGAGCUCGGGUGGGUUCGUGUGGGCCUGCAAAAACUAUGACGGUGAUGUACAGUCAGAUGUCGUUGCACAGGGUUACGGCUCGUUGGGUAUGAUGACGUCAGUGCUCAUGUGUCCGGAUGGUCGGACGGUUGAGUCGGAAGCGGCCCACGGUACUGUGACACGUCACUACCGGAUGCACCAGCAGGGCAAGCCUACCAGCACCAACCCCGUCGCCUCUAUAUACGCUUGGACCAGAGGGUUGAUGCACCGCGCCAAGCUCGAUAACACUCCCGAGUUGGAAAGAUUCUCUAAAUCACUGGAAGAGGCCUGUGUGGAGUGUAUAGACAGCGGGAAGAUGACCAAGGAUCUAGUGAUCUGUAUCCAUGGCAUGGCCAACACAAAGGAAGGGAUGUAUCUGAACACCGAGGACUUCCUGCAGGCCAUUGCCGACCAACUUGAACGGAAACUAACCAAAUUGAACUCUAUCCAUUAUUGUUAAUGGAAAUUUCAAGCAAAUAUGUGUAAGAAUUGGCUGCCAUUGCUAUUAAAAAGUAGUGAACAAUGGAGACUAAAAUGAAAAUUUCUAAUAUUAUCUCAUAUUAUAUCCGAGGUAAAUUGGCAUAGUGUGUAGAGAGAUUUAGAGAAAAAAAUGUGUUUGGUCCAGGUGCUAGUUGGUGCUUACAUAAAAUUUGUAUGGGCAUUAUAAAUUUAAUUGACAUAGGUAUGUCUAUAGGGUUGCUUAAACCAAUUAGUCUUUUAUGAAUUACAAAAAUGAUAUGACUUGUUCUUAUGCAUGUCACUGUAACAACUAUUGAAUGUAAUAAUUACUAGAGACAGUAAAUAUUUUUUAUCCUUUG